CCGAGUCAGUUUAGUACACCAGUGGAUAAGACCAUCUGUUCCAAAUUGUUUGACAGCUGUGGUUUGUUGUCAUUCUCGCGAAAAAAUAACGUUCUCUCGGUUAUUGUGUUCAGUUCAUUGCGUGGUUCAGUCACUGUUUUUCCGUCUAGACUGAAGAAAAUUUUUGAGAAGCUGUUCCACUCUUCUAUUUUUGUAACAUGGAUUCUGAUGAAGGUUCUAUGUCGCAGCAAAAUACGUCUAGUCAAGCAGGUGAAGUAAAACGGGGAAAGAAUUGGAGUGAAGACGACGAUGCACAGCUAUGUCUGUCGUGGAUAGCAAUUUCUAAAGAUUCUAUCAAAGGAACUGAUCAAAACAAAACUAACUUUUGGACGGCUAUCAAAGAUCAUGCUGGGCUCAAAAGUGUAGGUAUCCGAGAAAGGCCAGUGGACGGAUUGAGACAGCGGUUUAGUCAGUUGAGCCACCAGGUCUCAAAGUAUGUUGGCUGCUUGGCAUUUGUAAGCCGAGCGAAGAAGAGUGGGGAAUCUUCCGAAGACAAGUUUCAGACGGCCCGUGAUAUGUUCCUCAAGGAAACCAAACAAAGGCACUUCAAAAUCGAAAAAUGCUACGAGAUAUUGAAAAAUGAGCCUAAAUUCCAGGUACCCAGCAGCAACAAACGAAUCAGGAUCGAUGUAGAAAUAAAGCUUGUGCGUAGAUCCUGUAGAAAACUGUUACUGUCAGUAGAGAAGAAACCAGUACACCCUCCCCAGAUCAAUGCCAAUAUGUCACGGAGGAAUUAAUCGAGCAAGACUUGUUUUCGACUCCUACCACAUCACUUCGACCGAUUGGUCGUCAUAAGGCCAAACGACUUCAAGAUGGAUCCAACGAAGAUAUUUGGUCAAAAGUCUUGAUGGAAAUGCAACGUAAAAAUGCACUGCUCGAAAAGCACACAUUGGCCCUUGAGAAGGCGACAGAGCUGCAGUUACUAACAACACCUUUACAUCAACUUGACGAUUUAAGCAAGAAGAUAAUUGAAAUGCAGAAGAAAGAAAUAGCAAAGAAGUAUUUUGAUGAAGAAAAUGUAACCGAUGAAAUGUAGAUGAAUGUACAAUAGUUGGAAGAUGUAUAAGCGACGAAAGAAGUAUUACAGAAAGAUAUAACAUUAAAAUUAAAUAAUAAAAAAAAAACGUAGAACGCACAUAACUUCAAUGAGCUGGAGGUAAAAACUGAAGACCAGUAAAACAAAUAACUAAAUUUGAUG